AUGUCGCAGGGUACAUAUCCGAGCCAACUGUACGCAGCCAUGCUGCUUGCCCUGUUCGAAUGCGUGGAAGAGACAGCAACGCUGUGGGCAGCUGGGGGGUUCGCCCCCUCGCCAGUUGUUGGCGCGCGGAGCUUCUAUGGUACGUCAAGCACGGACCAGCAGUCCAAGGUCUACUUCGAUCCUCUCACACCGAGGAACAUUACGGGAGAGGUGGACAAAACGGUUUAUCUGCAAUGUAGAGUACACAACAUCGGUGACAAGCAUGUGUCGUGGAUCAGGAAACGGGACUUGGCAAUCCUGUCGAUUAGCAACGUCACGUACACCAACGACGAGAGGUUCAAACUGAUCCACGAGUCCGGUUCAUUAGACUGGACGUUGCAGCUCAAAUACCCUCGUCAGGAGGACUCGGGACUGUAUGAGUGUCAAGUCAGCACACACCCGAAGCUUACGUUACUUAUCUCACUGGACAUAUAUGGUGCGUAAAUGGUGGUAAAU